GGCAUUUAUUGAAUGUAUCAGGAAAGAAAAACAUGAUUAGUUUCCAUUGACAAUAGUGUUUCUUGUCUCAUCCUAAUAUGUUCAUGCAUGCUUUGAAUGUGAAAUUUUUAGUGUACUGUUGGUAAUAGAGUGGAAAUGGAUGCUUAGGCUUAUGCUCAGAGCUGUCAUAGGAUCUCAGAUUUAGAUCUGAAGAGGGCCUCCAAGUCCUGUGUUUUUAUAGUUGCUGAAAUGGAGGCCUCCGGAGGUUAAAUGAAGUGCCCAAGGUCACAGGGGUCAUCAAUGGCGGAACCAAGAUUUGAGUAUUUUCCAUAAGGCAAAAUAUAUGAGGCUGUGGGGGCUGAGGGAAAACACAGAAACAGGAAAUCGUGUGGGAUAUUGGAGAACAACAAGGAAAUGAAUGGCCUAAUCUUUGGUGACCAGAUUCCAUUUCUGUAGAGAAGAUCAUGGAAAGAAAAGGGAGUUGAAGGGGCUUUUGAUAACAAAUGGAGCCAUCUUAAACUGGUUUAGAAUCCUCAUGAGUCUGUCUAGCUGGUGGUGAAUGGGGGCUCUAGGGCCUUUAUAGUAGGCUCCCCAAGGAAGCCUCUUCAAGACCAAUGGAUGCAUUCACGAGCUCGAGUCUCAAGAGGAAGUUUGAAGAUGUGGAUGUGGGCUCUUCCAUUUCUAACUCAGAUGAUGAGAUCUCUAGCAGUGACAGUGCUGACAGCUGUGACAGCCUUAACCCUCCUAGCACUGCAGGCUUCACCCCCACAUCUAUCCUGAAACGGCAGAAACAACUCCGGAGGAAGAAUGUGCGCUUCGAUCAGGUGACGGUGUACUACUUUGCCAGGCGCCAGGGCUUCACCAGCGUGCCCAGCCAAGGCGGGAGUUCUCUGGGCAUGGCCCAGCGCCACAAUUCUGUGAGAAGCUACACGCUCUGUGAGUUUGCUCAGGAGCAGGAGGUCAACCACCGGGAGAUCCUCCGUGAGCACCUGAAAGAAGAGAAGCUGCAUGCCAAGAAAAUGAAGCUGACCAAGAACGGCACCGUGGAGUCGGUGGAGGCUGAUGGCCUGACGCUGGACGACGUGUCCGAUGAAGACAUCGAUGUGGAGAAUGUAGAGGUGGACGAUUACUUCUUCCUGCAGCCUCUCCCCACCAAGAGGCGCCGGGCCCUGCUCCGGGCCUCCGGUGUCCACCGCAUAGACGCCGAGGAGAAGCAGGAGCUUCGGGCCAUCCGGCUUUCGAGGGAGGAGUGCGGCUGUGACUGCCGGCUGUACUGCGACCCAGAGGCGUGUGCCUGUAGCCAAGCGGGGAUUAAGUGCCAGGUGGAUCGCAUGUCCUUCCCAUGUGGCUGUUCCCGGGACGGUUGUGGAAAUAUGGCCGGGCGUAUUGAAUUUAAUCCAAUCCGGGUGCGGACUCAUUACCUGCACACCAUCAUGAAACUGGAGCUGGAGAACAAGCGCCAGGUGAGCCGUCCUCCAGCCCCAGAAGAGGAGCUGCCUCCCGCACCCAGCGGCGACUCAGAGACGCAGGACUUUCAGGAGUUCAUUGCUGAAAAUGAGACGGCCGUGAUGCACCUGCAGAGUGCCGAGGAGUUGGAGAGGCUCAAAGCAGAAGACUCCAGCGGCUCCAGUGCCAGCCUGGACUCCAGUCUGGAGAGCCUGGGUGUCUGUAUCUUAGAGCAGCCCCUUUCAGUCCCUGAAGAGCUGUGCCCAGGCCUUACUGCCCCCAUCCUCAUCCAGGCCCAGCUCCCCCCGGGCUCUUCAGUCUUGUGCUUUGCUGAGAACUCUGAGCACCCAGCCGCCCCGACGGUGAAUGAACCCCCUUACUUGAACAGUGGCCCUGUGGUCUAUUACCAGGUGGAGCAAAGGUCAGUCUUGGGAAUGAAGGAGGAACCUAAUUCAGAAGCCUCUGAAAUUCCCCCUUCAUUUCCCAUAGACAAGGAUUUGAGUGUCUUUUCUCUCCCUGCUACCUCAUUGGUGGCCUGUAGCCCCACAGACCCAGCUGCCCUUUGUAAACCAGAGGUGGGGAAAGCGCCCAUUUCAGAAUCCUUACCGCCAGAUAGCUGUAACCCAGAAGGGCCCGACUGUGAGGAUCUGCGCCCUGCCUGGUCCCCCCCAAACCUUCCGUUCCACACAGACAGUGAGGAAGGCUGUGGGCUAGAUCAGGCCUCAGACGGGGUCUGUGAUCAGGAUCAGCCUCCUAAGGACUCUUCUCUGGCACUCCCUCUGCCGGUGUGACCCGAGGGACACUGUCCCUCUCCCAGUCUCUAUUUAUUCACUUCUUUUAUCUAAUACUAUUUUAAAACAAAACUGAAAGAAGCCACUGCUGCUCCCAUGUUAUUUUGUUGGGGUCUGUGGAGGAUGGGGGUG